AUGGCAGGGGUAUCACUCUUCAACGGAUGGACUCCAAGAAAAGUCAAAUCAGAGGAUGUUAUUAAACUCAUGGAUGGCGACAUCAAUCCUUUCACAAAUAGACCCCUUAGCGCCUCUUACAAAGCUAUCUUAGAAAAACGCAAGAACCUGCCUGUUUACGGAUAUAUGAAAGAAUUCUACAAAAUUUUUAAUGAAGCCCAAAUCACUGUGAUGGUGGGAGAAACUGGUGAAUUUCUUAUAAUUCUCGAUGAAGCGGAUCUUUAUACUUACUUUGGUUAA